CAAACACACCCAUAAUAUCUUUGAUUACUUUCAAAAAAGGACAAUAUCAUCUAAAAGUCAAACUUUUGAUCCCACAAAACUCCUUAAUACACAGCCUCCUUUAGUUUAGUUAACUCCCCUUUCCCUUCAAAGGUCAUUGACAUAUUCUUCUUCUUCUUCUUCUUCUUCUUUCUUCCUUCUCUCGCUUUCUUUCUCUCUCUCUCUCUCUCUCUCUUCUCUCUCUCUCUCUCUCUCUCUCUCUCUCUCUCUCUCUCUCUCUCUCGCUCUCUCUGAGAUGGGUUUGUUUGGAACGAAGAAGAUUGGUAAAUACGAGAUAGGAAGGACAAUCGGAGAAGGGAAUUUCGCAAAAGUGAAACUAGGUUACGACACGACCAAUGGUACCUACGUAGCCGUCAAAAUCAUAGACAAGGCUCUGGUUAUUCAAAAGGGUCUAGAGUCUCAAGUCAAGAGAGAGAUACGGACGAUGAAGCUUCUCAACCAUCCCAACAUCGUACAGAUUCACGAGCCACAAAACUUGCUGUUAGAUUCAAAAGGCAAUCUCAAAGUUUCUGACUUUGGACUAAGUGCAGUUCAUAAGUCAGGGGACAUGCUAUCUACAGCUUGUGGGUCUCCAUGUUAUAUAGCACCAGAGCUGAUUAUGAACAAAGGCUACUCAGGAGCAGCAGUGGAUGUAUGGUCUUGUGGAGUGAUUCUGUUUGAAUUGCUUGCUGGUUAUCCACCGUUCGAUGAUCAUACACUUGCGGUUUUGUAUAAGAAGAUACUCAGAGCAGAUUACACAUUCCCACCUGGAUUCACUAGGGAGCAGAAGAAGCUAAUCUUUAACAUACUUGACCCAAAUCCUCAAAAGCGUAUGACCGUAGCUGAGAUAAUCACCCAAGAUUCUUGGUUCAAGAUAGGUUAUGCACCAGCUUAUCAUCAAGUUUCAGACUCGAUCAAGGCAUCUAUGUAUAUAACUUAUUCUGAAUUAUAUCUCUUGCAGGAAAAUGUGGCGGAAAUAAACGCAGCUACCGCGUCUUCAAAUUACAUAAACGCAUUUCAGAUAAUAGCAAUGUCUAGUGAUCUAGAUUUGUCAGGUCUAUUCGAAGAACAGGAUGAUAAGAUAUAUAAAACAAGAAUUGGGUCUAAAAACACAGCGCAAGAAACAAUCAAGAAGAUCGAAGCUGCAGCAACUGAUGUUAGUUUAUCAGUUGAAAGAGUAAAGCAUUUCAAGGUUAAGAUUCUGCCGAAAGAGAUAAGAUCAAGAUCUUCUUAUGACCUAUUAUCAGCAGAGGUGAUCGAGGUGACUCCAACGAACUGUGUAAUAGAAAUAUCAAAGGCAGCAGGCGAGUUAAGACUAUACAUGGAGUUUUGCCAGAGUUUAUCCAGCUUACUUACCGCGGAAGUAAGCUAAGAGCGAUAGAGACUCAAGUAAAAAUGUUGUGACAGAUGAUGAUGAUAAACAGAAGAACCAGAUUUUGCAGAUUCAAGUUGCAGUGACACGAAGACAAUAAAAAGAAUGGAUUCAAAGAGUAAUUCAUGUCUUGUGGUGAUCCCAAAUGGUUCUCAUGUGAAAUGAUUGAUUUUUGUUUUUUCUAAGAAAAUUUGUUAAAUAACAAAAAAGAUGAAAUAAAGCAAGCCAAUAACAGAACUUCUACGUAUAAUUUCAUAUUGUGUUUGAGAGACCAUUGCAAGUGAUAUAUUUUGCUUUGGUUCUGUUUUCAUAUGGCUAAUCGUAUUUUCAAAGAAACGUAGCUGG